AUGACCGCUUGGCUCGUCAGAUGUGAUUCGCUCACGAUGGAACGGGAAAGGCAAACGCGGGAAUGGCCGGGGUCACAGAACUGCGCUGCAAACGAAAUUAAAUCAUGGGAUAUGAAUUCCUGCUGUGAGCUGCGUCGUGCCUUGUUAUUUUUGGUUACUAGCAUGGCAGCUUUGGAUUCUUGGGGGGUUUACUCGGAAAAUACUUUAAUCGACGAUGCAAGACAUGCAGAAGAAGACGCGGACAGAGAGGCUGCCGCACGGAGGCGCCAAGACUAUUUUCCUCACGUUUCUUCCGAUUUCACCGUGCUGGACACCGUGCUGGACACCGUGCUGGACAUCGUGCUUUCCUCAGGACGUACACAGGUACCUUCCCCACCUCGUCGGGACUCUUUCCGUUGCCAGCCCACUCCUGGCCUGGACCUCUUGGUUGUCGUCUGGUCACAAGUGCAAGUUCAACCACCAGGUAGGAAGGUAUGCUGGACCAACGUCUACGGGCGCGAAGCUCGAGGAAAAACACAUUGA